AUGGAAAUAAAAGAGAAGCGGUUAACUUUUAGUAUUAAACGAGCUGUUCUGAAUCAGGAGGAAUUUGAUUUCCAGUACGGAUAUAUCGAACCAAAUUCAAAUUCGGGAAAAUCAGUGAAAGAGAAGGUAAAUAGUUGUACUGAAUAUAGCUUCAUUGAUCGAAUCAAGCGGGUUUUUCCGAUACUACUUUGGCUUCCGAAUGUUACCAGAUCGAACCUUCUCAAAGAUAUCAUUGCCGGCAUUACCGUUGGAAUAUUUUGUGUACCACAAGCUAUGGCCUAUGCUGCGCUGGCAAAUGUAAAUGCUGUGAUCGGAUUGUAUACGUCAGUGUUUCCUACGUUGAUUUAUGCUAUAUUCGGUACUUCAAAACAUAUUAAUCUUGGUAUGUUUGCAGUCGCAGCACUGAUGACAGGAAAUGCAUUGGAACGUAGAAUGGAGGACAUUCUUGGUAAAAACAACACUGAAUUGUACAGUUCACAAAUAGUUGAUGAUGCUGAUUUAGCUAUUCGAUUGAUGGCCACCUUAACAUUUACUGUUGGUUUCGUUAUGGCAAUUUUCGCCAUUCUGCAGUUCCAUUUUCUUACUGUUUAUUUGGCUGAUCCAGUAGUUGGUGGUUUCACGAUUGGUGCAGCAUGUCAUGUAUUCGCAUCACAAAUGCCAAAACUUAUCGGCGUCCAAAUACCACCAAGAUAUGGCCCAUUUGGACUCCUAAAAUUACCAUACUUUUUGUUCGACUUUGCGAUAUUGCUAAGGAAGGCAAAUUUAUAUGUAGUCAGUAUAUCAGUAAUGUCAAUUGUUAUACUAAUGCUUGGAAAGUAUAUUAUAAACCCACCAAUACAACAAAGGAUUCGAAUACCAGUACCAUUUGAACUUAUUGUGAUGAUAACCGGUACAUUAGUCACUUACAUGCUGGAAUUAAAUGUGAAACAAAAGGUUGCUAUUGUUGGAUUAAUACCGUAUAAAUUACCAGUGCCGACACUGCCAGAUUUCAGACAUUUUAGCGCGUUUAUUUUGGAUGCAAUUGUAAUUGCUGUAGUAAUCUAUUCCGUAACAGUAUCUGUAGGAAAAGUUUUUGCGAAGAAACAUGGCUAUCAUAUUAUUCCUAGUCAGGAACUGAAAGCGAUGGCGAUGUGCCAAUUGGUGGGUGGUUUUUUAAGCUGUCAUCCGGCAAGUGCAAGUUUAUCGCGUGCUCUCGUAAAUUCGGAAUUGGGUGCCACCUCUGAACUUUCGAGUGUUGUCGCUGCCCUUAUGGUGCUCUUGGUCAUUCUGUUGGUUGGACCAUUGCUCUACUAUUUGCCAACGUGUGUACUAGUCUCGGUAAUAGUGGUAGCCCUGCAAGGUAUGUUUCUAAGAGCUAGCGAAGUCGUUCAUUAUUGGAAAACUUCAAAAAUUGACCUGCUUAUUUGGUUAGUAAGUUUUCUGGGCACAUUUCUAUGGAACGUGAGCCAAGGGCUUGGUGUAGCCGUAACAUUCGCUAUUUUGACUGUCAUCAUUCGCAUACAAUGGCCAAAAGCCGUCAUACUUGGUGGGAUGAAAGAUACCGAGCUUUACAAAGAUAGCAAUCGUUAUAGUGCAUCACUAGUAUUACCUACGAUCGCAAUUUAUCGCUAUGACGCACCUUUACUUUUUCUCAACAGCGAUACAUUUAUCAGUAAGGCUCUUAAUAUCGUCGAUGAUAAAUUGAAAAUGUUAAAUGAAAAGGAAAGACUUUAUCUGAUCAUUGAUGCAUCGGGAUUUACAUACAUUGACUAUACCGGAAUUGAAAGACUGAAGGAUUUAUCGCAGGAAGUGAGAACUCGCAAUGUAGAAAUGUUUGUGGCGGCUUCAAAAGCAACAGCCCGAAUACUGUUCGCUAAAUGUAGUAUCUAUGAGGUAAUUCCAUCAACUCAUUUCUUCCCAUCCGUUCACGAUGCAGUAUUGUUCGCUAAUGCUGAGCAGAAAAAAUAA